AUGCGUUACAACCUAAUUCGAUCCGCCUUCGAGGCUGGACUUUUCCUUGCUUCUCUCGCCAGCGCCAACCCCAUUCGCUCGUUGGAUACACGCACGGAUUGUGGUACUCAUGGCCCUACCAACCGUGCUUGCUGGAACGGAAAGUACACCAUUGAUACCGACUACGAGACCAAUGUCCCAAACACCGGAAAGACGAGAGAAUUCGAUCUUUACAUCACCAACCACACAGACUUUUCACCAGACGGUGUGUUCAAGACGACCAUGCUCAUCAACGGCCAGUUCCCGGGGCCGACUAUCGAGGCUGAUUGGGGCGACUUUGUCAAAAUUACCGUCCACAACCAACUGGAAAACAACGGUACCUCCAUCCAUUGGCACGGCAUGCACCAGCGCAACACCAAUGAUCAGGACGGCGCCAACGGUGUCACGGAGUGCCCCAUCGCACCUGGACAAAAGAAGACGUACUCUUACCAGAUGAUUCAGUACGGCACUUCUUGCCACUUUUCAUCCCAGUACGGCAACGGCGUCGUCGGCACGAUUCAGAUUAACGGCCCGGCGUCUGCUGACUACGACAUUGACCUCGGCCCUUACGCCAUCAGCGACUGGUACCACGACACUGCGGAUAACCUCGAGCGACGCGCUGAACUCGCUGGUCUCCUGGCUGGCCCUCCCCCAGACAGCCAAAACGUUCUUUUCAACGGAAAGGGCGUUAAUGCUUUGGGCGGCGGCGAGUACCAAAAGACGAAGCUUACGCCUGGCAAGAAGCAUCGCCUCAGACUGAUCAACACCUCUGUCGAUAACACUUUCACCGUCUCUCUGGCUGGACACAGCUUUACUGUCAUCGCUACCGAUCUCGUGCCCGUCAAGCCCGUCGUCAAGGACAGUCUCUUCUUGUCCGUCGGUCAGCGCUACGAUGUGAUCAUCGAGGCCAACCAAGAGGUUGAGAACUACUGGUUCAACGCGACUCUCAGCGCCACGGGGCUCUGCGGUACGUCCGAAGUUGCUCUUCCUGCCUCCAUCUUCACUUAUGAGGGCGCCGCCGAUGAACUCCCUACCCAACCAGGAUACCCCAUUGAGGCCGGCUGCGCCGAUACUGUGGGUUUCGAGCCGAUCGUCAGUAGACUUCCGCCGUCCUCCGAGUUCACUCCCCACAAGAACAUUCUCGACGUGAACCUCACCACGCCCGAAGUCUACGGUCAGCCGGUCUUCCGCUGGACUGUCAAUGGCCACUCUAUGGACAUUGAGUGGGACAAGCCCACCCUCACCUACGUCGCCGAGAACAACUACACUUUCAUGGAGAGAGCCAAUGUUGUGGAGCUCGACUCCAAGGACAAAUGGACCUGGUGGGUCAUUCAGAACGACCACCUCCUCCCCCAUCCUAUCCACCUUCACGGUCACGACUUCCUCCUCCUCGGCAUUGGCGACGGCUCCUUCCUCGACAGCAACCCGCCAGUCACCAACGGCACCGGACCGUACGCGACCACUACUCACCCCAACCUCAACUUCCACAACCCCAUCCGCAGAGAUGUCGCGGUGCUUCCUGCCAGCGGCUGGAUGGUGAUCGCCUUCAAGACCGACAACCCAGGCGCGUGGCUCAUGCAUUGCCACAUCGCCUGGCAUGUCAGCAUGGGUCUCAGCGUGCAGUUCCUCGAGCGCAAGGACGAAAUCGCCCACACGAUGCAGCUCGAGGAGCUCCAGCCCACCUGCAAGGGCUGGAAGGACUACUACCCGACAAGCUUCUACCCAAAGCACGACUCGGGCUUGUAA